AUGAGAUGUUUCUGGUGGCCAGUAACUUUUUACUUUUAUGGUAAUGGUGGUGCAGGUAAAUCUAAUCUCAUUCAAAAGUUAGUUUCCAACGAGUUAUACUCGAAACCUAAGAAGCAGAAAUCAGGGUCAAGUUGGUGGGAUAGUUAUGAGAAAUAUGAAAUUGUUCUUUUUGAUGAGUG